AUGUCUGAGGGCGAGAACAAGCAGGCCUCUGACACCCAGGAAGCCAAGGCAGAGUCCGUCGCUGCUGCGCCCACGGCUCAAGCGGUGUCCUCCGUGUCCCCCCCUGUCUCCAUGGUGACCCAGCCUCCAGCCACCGCUGCCACGGAGGACGAGGAGGAGGAGAGCGAGGAUGAGUCUGAGAUUUUGGAGGAAAGCCCGUGUGGACGCUGGCAGAAACGCAGAGAAGAGGUGAAUCAACGCAACGUCCCCGGGAUCGAUAAUGCUUACUUGGCCAUGGACACCGAGGAAGGAGUCGAAGUGGUGUGGAAUGAGGUCAUGUUCUCAGAAAGGAAGAAUUUCAAACUACAGGAGGAAAAAGUCAAAGCUGUUUUUGACAAUCUGAUUCAGCUGGAGCAUUUAAACAUUGUGAAGUUCCACAAAUACUGGGCUGAUGUCAAAGAGAACAGAGCGAGGGUCAUAUUCAUCACUGAGUACAUGUCUUCAGGAAGUCUGAAACAGUUUUUGAAAAAGACAAAGAAAAACCACAAGACCAUGAACGAAAAGGCCUGGAAGCGCUGGUGCACACAAAUACUUUCUGCUCUCAGCUACUUGCACUCAUGUGAACCUCCCAUCAUUCACGGCAACUUAACCUGUGACACCAUCUUCAUCCAGCACAACGGCCUCAUCAAGAUCGGCUCAGUUGCUCCUGACACAAUCAAUAACCAUGUGAAAACCUGCCGGGAAGAGCAGAAGAGUCUUCACUUCUUUGCUCCAGAAUAUGGAGCUGUUGCCAAUGUUACCACAGCUGUGGACAUCUAUUCCUUUGGGAUGUGCGCCUUAGAGAUGGCUGUGUUGGAGAUCCAGAGUAACGGAGAUUCGUCUUAUGUGUCGCAAGAAGCCAUAAACAGUGCCAUUCAGUUCCUAGAGGACCCCCUGCAAAGGGAAUUUAUCCAGAAGUGUCUGGAGGUCGACCCCAGCAAGCGACCCACAGCCAAAGAGCUGCUGUUUCACCAGGCCUUGUUCGAGGUGCCCUUACUCAAGCUGCUGGCUGCACACUGCAUCGUUAGCCACCAACAUAUGAUUCCAGAAAAUGCUUUAGAGGAGAUGACGAAGAACAUGGACCCGAACUUGGUGAUUGUUGAGGCCAAGGACGGAGUUCAGAUGAAGCUCUCUCAGUUUCCUGCCCUGGAGCUGGACAAGUUCCUGGAAGAUGUCAGGAAUGGGAUCUAUCCUCUCACUGCGUUUGGCGUGCCGUGUCCACAACAGCCUCAGCAAGAGGCGGUCAAGUCGCCCAUUGUGCCCCCCUCAGUGAAAACCCCCACCCCCGAACCCGCCGAACUCGAGACCAGGAAGGUCGUUCAGAUGCAGUGCAAUAUUGAGCCGGUCGACGAGGGCAGCAAGCAUCAUCUGACCUUGUUGUUGAAACUUGAAGAUAAAUUGAACAGGCACUUGAGCUGUGAUUUGUUACCAAAUGAGAACGUGCAGGAGCUCGCUGUGGAACUCGUUCAGCUGGGCUUCAUCAGCGAGGGCGAUCAGCCGCGGCUCGCAUCCGUUCUGGAAGAGGCCUUCUCAAAGUUCUACAGCCGAAACGGUUCCCUCAAUCCUGUGACAGUCUCGUCGUAGCGGAGGACUCACUCGGCCUUCGGUCAGCCCUCCUCGUCCUCCACAACGGGACUAGCUUUAUGCUCCACCUCUGAGUUUGCAGGGAAGCUUUGUGAGGACGGAGGAGGAGGAGGAGGCCUUGUUCUGGUUGCAGAUCUUGCAGCCGUUUUUUUUUUUUGGUAGGAAAAGCUGCCACUAAGUGGUUGUCGCUUUUUGGUUCUUUCUUUUUUCACCCAAUACAGCCAUCUGCUUCUCUUUUUAAAAGAAGUAACCGUAGUCUAAACUGAAAGGAAUUUACAAAUGUUUUCACUUUCUUGGCACUUCUGUCUUUGAGCUUUUCAAGUAGUGAAGGAAGACUUGAGCUGCAUUAGGCUGCAUGACAGCAGUACUUUCCUUAAGUCAGUAUUAAAAUUGUAUUUUUUCUUUUAAGUUUUACUUAAAAGUGUUCAAUAGUUGUCUAUAUAAAAAUGAUCUUGGUCCCGGCAUACUGCAGUGUAUUUAUCACAGUGUUAGGUGAAGUCUUGUGUUUCUUUUUAAACUCUCCCCUCAGCAGCGAGUGGGGCAUCUUCCUACCUUCUGUCAAAGACUCUCCAAAGCAUCAAGCUGGUAAUGCAACAGAUACGUCACGACUACUUCAAAAUUAAACACAGCCCAACACAAUUUGAGGAGCUGUAGUUAAAAAAAAGAAAAAAAAAAAAAUAUCCAACUAUUUAUUUGUGUAUCUUUCUUGUGAGCACUGUAACACUCCCAGCACUGAGACCGGUGGUUGUUUGAAUCUACCCUUUUGUUUGCUACCUUUUCUUUAGAUUGUUAUUUUGCCUCAAAAAGAGGGCGUGAUCAGUUGACUGCUGCUGCAGCGUCUGCUUUCCAAGUAGCCCGUUGCAGCACCAAUCGAUUACGUCUGGAUCAAUCAAAGGUCGUCUUUAGUGACUCAUUCGUUGCACCGGAGAGGUCUGUGAGAUUCACGGAGGGAUGGUUUCGCAUUUAAGGCACAUGUGCGGGUUUUGAAGAGGUUUAGUUUCUGUGUCUGAAUGAAAACUGAUGCGUGCAACGAGCUUCUGGAACUGGUUUCCCUCAUUUAAUCGUCAGCGGGUCAGAUAGUUCUGGAUAUUUCGAUCAUGUGACCCGUGACUCCUUUGUCUUCUUCAUUGCCAACGUAUUCUGCGUGACACCAGAGCUAGAACCCCCCCUGCCAUAUAGAUAUUGGCUCAGGAAGCCCCCCAUAGUUUGCACUUCUGUAGACUUUUAUAUCCUGUUGGACACGUCACGUGGUGAUCGAGUCCACUCUGUGCUGUCACAUUACUUUAUUUGGUCUGUAGAUACUUUGAGAUAGAAGAGUGGAACUGCCUAAGAUUCUGCUGGUAACCAUCUUAUACCCUCCAGGCUGGACACAGUGCUCUAUUACUGCAAUGCAUUUACCCCCUUUCACUUCACUCCGAAAUAAAUAUCUACACUUCAGGAUUCA